CCGCCACUCACUCAAUUUUACGUACAUACCUUCGUUUCACUAUUUUGGGAAGCAGUUAAAUUCCUAAUCCCCUAAUUGUUCUACAUCCUUCCUCGUUCCAGUUGGUCAAAGAAAGCAUUAUCUGCCCGGAUUAAAUUCUUAUAUUCGACUUUGUUACCUGUCCAGUUUCCAUCCAGCAAACCAUACAUAUUUCUAGAAUGAACCCAGGCAAAGGGAUUAUCCUUCUAGUUUUGUGUAUGAACAAUAUCAAUGCCGCUAUAGAUGUAGACUUGGCUUCAAUGACGAUUAAACCCCUAGAGGAGGCCAGUCAGGCCAAAUAUGAAUCAGCCGCAUCAGUGGAUAUGGGAAAAAGUGGAAAACUAUUCAAGAGCCCGGAGAACUACAUUGCCUCGGAAAAUGAGAGAAUGGCAGAAGCAAGAACAAUUCAAAACUCAUUCAUGAAGCAAGCCGAAGAACCAGUUGAACAAACAGUCGAAAAACCAGUCGAAAAGACACGAGAGAAACCAGCCGAAGAAUCCUGCUCGCGACCUCGACAUCAAGUUCUCGUUAGACGCGGCGGUUGUUUCGCCAUUCUAGGCUCAGGACUUCUUGCAACGUCUAAGGGGCUGGCGAGAGCAGGAGCUGGAUUGCAGCGUUUCGAUCAAUUAACCAAUGCUCAGAAACUAAGAUGGAUGCGAAUGAAAACGCUUAAUGGAAUAAAAUAUGCAGCGAUCGGUGUGGCUGCCACAGUGGCACUGCCGGUGGUAGUUGUAGGUGGCUUAUCAGCACUGACUGUCAAAGCUGCAUGGGAAAUGCUCAAGCUUACGCGUAAGGGGGGGCUUCACUUGUGGAAGUACAUCGGGAAAGGAUUGGCGGCAACGGGUAAAGGAUUACAAAAAGCUGGACAUGGUAUGCAGGCUCAAACAGCUGCACGGCUCACCAAGACAAUCCCGCCUCCGCCUCCCGAAGCGACCCGAGCAGGGUAGUCGGAAAAAGAUGAUAAUCAAACCUGAUGUUCCUCGAGGCUGGCAUGGUCGGCUCACUAGUGAUGCAGACCUUUGUAAUUAAUAUGAGUUUCAACCAAAUCCUCCAAUGAAAACAUGAAAUAGUUGACAAGAAUGGACAACACAACAUACAAACGCUGCUACAAACCAGAGGUCGAUUUGCCAGCGGACGGUCAAACUACACAAUCUGAAUACAUAAUUUGAUCAGUGGUCAGGCACACGUUGUUCCGGCAUUGUACACCCGCAGUAUGCUCAUCGAGCGAUCGGACCGGCCCGUCACCACUUCAUGCCGGUAGUGACGUCCUCUCACCCAAGAAGAAUAUAUUCCACUAGGUCGGAACCCAGGGUUACAGGGUUGAGGACCUUCUUGAUCACCUGUCGGCUGACACUACAUAUUUGAAGUUGAAGAACACUGUUUUGCAAAAGGCAUUCAUGUGCAUCCAUUUUGUACAAAAGCUGGAGAUGAUUGGCUGGUUUCGGUUGACAGGAAAAUUUCACCGACAGUUCGCGAAUCGCAGCUCAAAUCUACUAUUUGUGUAUUGAUUAACUUGGAUGACCGGGUUUGUUGUAGUUACUGGUAUGGUGAUAUAGAACUUAGGAAUACAUUCCACCCAGAAGAUUUGAUAGGCGUAUACC